AUGAUCGUAAUUUGUUUGCGAUUGCGAUCGUUCGUCUCCCUUUUCAGACACGCACGGUCGUACGGCCCGACAUCGGCGACGCUGUCCCAUGUGUCCCGCAGCCUUGCGAGCGAGGACGACAGCCUCGAAGCACCGCUUCUGGCGCACGGCGAGGGCCGUCCCAGCCCGCGACGCUGCGCGUACCUGGACUGGUGCUCAAAGGCCCACAACCGCUACUUCAUGUGCAUCCAGUGCUGGAUCGCCGUGUGCGGGCCGGCGUUCGUGCUGCAGGCCACGCCGUGGCGGAUGUGGCCCGUCUGCUACGACGCUCUGGCCCGCACAGUGUCGCAAGUCUCGUUGAUCGCUGCAACGACGCUGUGCUUCCGGGACCAGCCGGAGGACCGCGGCGAGGAUGCUGGCGACGAGGGGGGAGGUGUGGCCGCGGCGGUGUGUCGUUGA